AUGGAGGUGGCCUCUUGUUGCUUAAAGGCCUUCGAGUGGAACGGCACACCUGAAGGCCGAAUCGAUAAGUUCGAAAACCACGACGUCUACAUCGCCGGCCACAAUCCUGACGUGGCCAUCCUUUUCAUUCACGACUUGCUAGGUUGGACCUUUCCCAACGCACGUCUUCUUGCAGAUCACUAUGCCCGCGAAGCCAACGCUACAGUUUACUUGCCGGACUUCUUCGGUGGCUGGGUCGUGGAUUUUGAGCCAAUUCUUGCCGGUCGAUUCCAUGAGAUCGAUUUGGAGACUUUCCACAAAAACAACGCUCGUAAUGUCCGAGAGCCCGAGAUCUUCAAUUUUGCGAAGGCACUGCGAGGGAAGCAUAGCCAUCUUGGAGCAAUAGGGUUCUGCUUUGGAGGCUGGGCUGUGUUUCGUCUUGGAUCGAAGGAGCAUAACCCCCCAUUGGUUGAUUGCAUCUCGGCCGGACACCCGACCUGGUUGACUAAGAAGGAUAUGGACGAGGUUGCGGUUCCUGUACAGAUGUUGGCUCCAGAGAUUGACCCGGUCUUCACAGCUGAGCUGAAGUCAUAUUGUUUCGAAACAGUGACGAGGAGAGGUGUACCCUUUGAGUAUCAUCACUUCCCCGGAGUUGAGCAUUCUUGCUUCGUUAGGGGUGAUCCAGGAAAGUCCGGAGAGCGGGAAGCUAUGGCACGGGCUAAAACAGCGGCAGUGAGCUGGCUGAACGCGUUUCUCCAUUGA